GAAUGAACUCCGCGUCUUCUCUUACUAUUUCUUUUCCAAAUCUUGAUUACAUCGUAUAUAUUUUGAAUCGAUCUUAUGUACGCCACAAAUAUAUCUCUAGCCUCCAAACAUUUCAUAAAACCUCCUUAAAAACUUUUAUCAUAAUAGUGAAACAACAUAUACAAGUCUUCCUUUUGGAUAAGGUUUGUUUUGAUUUCCUUUCUUUUAGGCCAUUCUCAUCCCAAACAGAACCUCAAAAAUGACUUGGUCAAAUCUCUUUUACGAGCUUUGGGUAAAACGAAAAUGAACAGAAACCAACAAAUAAGGAAACCCAAAAAAGGAAAAAAAAAGAAAAAAAGAAUAAGUAGAUCCAAGGCAACCCUAAUUGUAUGCAAUUUUUCUCCCACCGUCUUACGGAAAAGCCACCAAGUAUGUUGAAACCGAAUUCGGGUUCGGGCUAUAUACGCCCGGCGCACAAUAGCAUUUGGCGCUGUUUGUUCUGGGUCAUUCCUCCAGCUCUACCUUUUCCUAUAUCAUUCACCGUUUCCCAAUUCACAACAAAGCCGAAUCGUUACCUCGCUCUCGUUGUGCCGUUUUUCUCCAGAUCGACUACCGUUUCGCUUUUUCCUCUUCGAAUUAACGCUUUUCUCGGUAUUCUUCGUCUGAUUUGACUCGAUCUGCUAGUUUUUUCAGGACUUCUGAUUGUUGGUGUUUGUGAGUUAUUGAGUAUUUGGUUGGCUGAUCCAGAACGGCUAUGCACGGAUAUGAAAGAGAUGAAUACGAGGAGUAUGAAGAUUUGGAUGAAUAUGAGGAGGAAGGUGAAGAGAAUGAGGGUGGUGAAGAGGAAUAUGAGGAGGUAGAAAUUCAGCGGCCUCCAGAAGAAUCGUUGGAGUUCCUGGAACUGAGACAACGACUGAAAGAAGAUAUCAGGAAGCAGAGGAUGAAAGAAUUAGGUUCUUCUAAUGGCCUUUCCCACGGAACUAAGAAGGCAUUGCCAAGGGACAAUUAUGGUUCCUUCUUUGGACCUUCUCAGCCUGUAAUCUCUCUCAGAGUAAUCCAAGAAAGCAAGUCCUUAUUGGAGAAUCCAAAUUUGGCAGCAAAAGUCAUGAAAUCAACUCACGCAAAUCACACUAACAAUAAGAGCUCUGCAUCAAAGCACACAGGAUCAAAAUCUGGUACCAGCAGCAAUGCACCAAAAGUCACUACUGGGUUAAAGACAAAGGUGCAGAUGUUAAAAAAUACAAGAGAUUACUCAUUUCUCUUAUCAGAUGAUGUUGAACUUCCUGCUCCAUCAAAAGGUUCUUUACCUCAUAAAGCCUCGGCUGUUAAUUCUGCUGCACGAUUAGCUUUACCACCAGGCAACAAGCAAUCGUCAAGCAAUACAGGGAGAAAGUUGCUAAAUGAUCGUGAAAUACGGAAACCUAUACAAGGAAGCAGUCAAAUGCCGCCGAAACUGUUGACUCAGAAAUCAGUUUCAGUUGGUAAACAAAAUCAACUAGCACUAGAUUCCAGGAAACAACUGGGUAGCAGUAAAGGGAGUGGGCCUGGCCGGCCUUUGGGGCCAAAGGCAGUGCCUCCCAAAAACAUAGGUGGGCCAAACGGCAAGAGGGUUUUGACAGUAGCAGGUGACAAGAGCACUGUGCCUGCUUUGCAAAAGCCAACCCCUUCAAAUUUGCAACCUCCUAUUCCAAGGCAAUCCGUGGUACAGAAAAAGGAAAUACUACAAUCUGGAAAAUCAAGGGUGAUGCCGAAACAAGCUGAGCCUUCAUACAGACAUAAGGCGAUGAUGCAGAAACAGGCAAUGCCAUCAUCCAAUUCUCAGAUAAAACAACUGCCUCCUAAAAAUGCGACUCGUUUUCCGGAAGAUACACGCCCUGCAAGAAAACCAAUAAGACAUGAUGAAGAAGAGGAUGGAGCAGAAGCUAUUAAUAUGAUUAGGAGGAUGUUUGGGUAUAAUCCCAAUAGGUAUCAAGAUGAGGAUGAUACUAGUGAUAUGGAGGCUAAUUUUGAUGACAUACUGAGGGAAGAAAAGCGAAGUGCGAAAAUAGCAAAGAAAGAGGAUGAAGAAGAACUCCGGAAGAUAGAAGAAGAAGAAAGGAGGGAGCGGUUGAGAAAACAGGCAAAGAAGCGCAAGUUGAGCCAUCAAUGACGGGAAAUAUGUUUUCCCUUGUUAGAUAGAGCUAUAUAGAGGUUUUCACAUUUCCCUGGCUAUCACUAAGUAGUGGGCUGUGGGGAGUUUGUACAGCACCUGAGUCUCCUCUUAAUUUACCAGUUGAUUUGCUUCUAUUGGUUGUAUUGAGUUGUGGCUCAUUGCCCAAUCAGUUGUAACAGAAAACUUUUUUUAAUCAUUCUGCAGCUGCAAUAAUUUAA